AUGAAUAAACUGAUACGAAUCAAUCUGAGUAGGCACGAUGCGAGCAUUGCCCUCGGGCCUGCCUCGCUGAAAUUGAGGAAAGAUAAGGAUCUCGCGAAGCGUUUGAACUGUGAAGAUGUCGGAUAUCAGCGAAUCCUGCCACGCCUCUAUGCAUCUUCAGGAUUAUUAGUGAGUAAAAUUGGAUGGAACAGAUGGUGGGGAGCGAGGGAGGCCGUGUACGGCGGCCUGCCGCAUCGAAAAAAUGCAAAACGACUGAAGGACGCUGCGCUCCGGGAAUUGCUUCGUUCAGGCAAUUUAUUACAAAAGUCGAUAUUUUGA